AUGAAAACCCUUAUCCCCCAGCAGCCAGGCUCCAGGCUCUCAGCCCCCCAGCAGCCAGGCUCCAGGCUCUCAGUCCCCCAGCAGCCAGGCUCCAGGCUCAGUCCCCCAGCAGCCAGGCUCCAGGCUCUCAGCCCCCCAGCAGCCAGGCUCCAGGCUCUCAGUCCCCCAGCAGCCAGGCUCCAGGCUCUCAGUCCCCCAGCAGCCAGGCUCCAGGCUCAGUCCCCCAGCAGCCAGGCUCCAGGCUCUCAGUCCCCCAGCAGCCAGGCUCCAGGCUCUCAGCCCCCAAGCAGCCAGGCUCCAGGCUCUCAGUCCCCCAACAGCCAGGCUCCAGGCUCUCAGUCCCCCAGCAACCAGGCUCCAGGCUCUCAGCCCCCAAACAGCCAGGCUCCAGGCUCUCAGCCCCCAAACAGCCAGGCUCCAGGCUCUCAGUCCCCCAGCAGCCAGGCUCCAGGCUCUCAGUCCCCCAGCAGCCAGGCUCCAGGCUCUCAGUCCCCCAGCAGCCAGGCUCCGGGCUCUCAGUCCCUCAGCAGCCAGGCUCCAGGCUCUCAGGUCCCCAGCAGCCAGGCUCCAGGCUCUCAGUCCCCCAGCAACCAGGCUCCAGGCUCUCAGUCCCCCAGCAGCCAGGCUCCAGGCUCUCAGUCCCCCAGCAGCCAGGCUCCAGGCUCUCAGUCCCCCAACAGCCAGGCUCCAGGCUCUCAGUCCCCCAGCAGCCAAGCUCCAGGCUCUCAGUCCCCCAGCAACCAGGCUCCAGGCUCUCAGUCCCCCAGCAACCAGGCUCCAGGCUCUCAGUCCCCCAGCAGCCAGGCUCCAGGCUCUCAGUCCCCCAGCAGCCAGGCUCCAGGCUCUCAGUCCCCCAACAGCCAGGCUCCAGGCUCUCAGUCCCCCAACAGCCAGGCUCCAGGCUCUCAGUCCCCCAGCAGCCAGGCUCCAGGCUCAGUCCCCCAGCAGCCAGGCUCCAGGCUCUCAGUCCCCCAGCAGCCAGGCUCCAGGCUCUCAGUCCCCCAACAGCCAGGCUCCAGGCUCAGUCCCCCAGCAGCCAGGCUCCAGGCUCUCAGUCCCCCAGCAGCCAGGCUCCAGGCUCUCAGUUCCCCAACAGCCAGGCUCCAGGCUCUCAGUCCCCCAGCAGCCAGGCUCCAGGCUCAGUCCCCCAGCAGCCAGGCUUCAGGCUCUCAGUCCCCCAGCAGCCAGGCUCCAGGCUCUCAGGUCCCCAGCAGCCAGGCUCCAGGCUCUCAGUCCCCCAGCAACCAGGCUCCAGGCUCUCAGUCCCCCAGCAACCAGGCUCCAGGCUCUCAGUCCCCCAGCAGCCAGGCUCCAGGCUCUCAGUCCCCCAACAGCCAGGCUCCAGGCUCUCAGUCCCCCAGCAGCCAGGCUCCAGGCUCUCAGUCCCCCAGCAGCCAGGCUUCAGGCUCUCAGUCCCCCAGCAGCCAGGCUCCAGGCUCAGUCCCCCAGCAGCCAGGCUUCAGGCUCUCAGUCCCCCAGCAGCCAGGCUCCAGGCUCUCAGCCCCCCCAGCAGCCAGGCUCCAGGCUCUCAGCCCCCCCAGCAGCCAGGCUCCAGACUCUCAGCCCCCCAGCAGCCAGGCUCCAGGCUCUCAGUCACCCAGCCACCCAGCCAGCCUCUUCACAUAUGAACAGUUUCUCUAA